ACUGCGACAAGUCCGGCUCUGUCACGGAACACACCUGGAGAGAUCGGUGCGAUUGUCGAGCCGGUCUAUGAGAGUUUGCGAUUGUUUUUUUAAAAAUUUAUUUUGUGUUAAAUCUUACUAAUAGGCUAUGGAGCAGGAAGCUGUAUCUGAUACCGAUGUUCGGGUACAAGACAUGGCGCAUCUGGAUCUUCAAGGAACGUCUGUGGACUUUGCUGCGACAGAUACUAAAGUGAACGGUGAAGAGGAUAGGAAAUCCAAAACAUCAGACGAACCAGUGAUUGAAGAAUCAGAUAAAGGACAAACUCUCAACAAGGACGAAAACCGUUGCCUGACUGGACUAGAAGAAACGCCUAGUGGAGGUUCAGAAUCGAUUGUUACCAAUGAAGAACAAGUGGGAACCGUGAAUGAAACCGAAAGUACAGCCGGGGAAGUAAACGAACAGACUGGAUAUACAGAAGCCGAACAGAAAGACAUCGUAUCCGGUGAAACAGAGCUUGAAGGGCCACAAGACGGAUAUGUCGAAUCUAAUCCAGAACUUCUUGAAGCUGAAGUAGGAACUGGAUCUGACACGGAUGUAGCUGACGUGAGGAAAGAAGAAUAUUCUGAAUCGGAAGGUUCCGCGACUGUAGACAACAAAUCAACUGACUUUGAGGCUGAGAUUGAAGUGGAAGUCUCUGGAGAGACAGUCGAACAAAGUGGAGAAUGUGAAGCGAAUAAGAACGAGGAAGAACCUCUGUCAGAAAGUGUGCUUCCGGGGGACCAGGGAGUUAUCCUUACGGACGAGCCUCAUCCCGAAGUGUCCGACGACAAAGACCGAGAUUCUCCGGUCGAUCAGUCAGAAUUACGAAGCAGCCCGAUCAUGGAAACCGAGAGCCGACCCCCAGCGUCUUGUAAAUUUAGAUAUGCCAAAACCAUCCCUACAGAUACGUCCAGCGUCAUCUUCUACACUUCAUACAAUCCUAAAGAACCGAUUGUUCUGACAUGGUCUGAUGCUGCCGCUGCCUAUCUGUCGCAGGAGAUGACAGUCGACUGUGGAGAUUUCCAUGGUAAUGUGCUGAUCAGUGGCAAGACUCACCCGGUGGAGGAGUUUUCAGUGCGGUCCUACACCUUUGAGAUUGAUUUGUAUUUAUCUGAUGAUGUUAUUGAGGAUGAAGUAGGAGCUAAUGAAACACAAGCUCAGGAAGAAGAAUUCCAAAGAAGUCUCCAACCUCAAGGUGUUGAUACGUUCCGAGACAUAAAUUCAGAUCUUGCUGCCUUGGGCAAGAUGGACAGCACCAGUUCGAAUAGUAUCCACUUGUCAUCAAAGUAUGAAGACCUUGUGAGGCAGCAGCUAUCACAUAAGGAGAGUUUGAGCACUAGUCUGGAAAAUGAGUUAGACUCCAUUCAUCAUUCAGCAAGUAGUUCCAAGAGGCAGACACCCAUUGGCGAUAUCGUACAAGAACAUGAGUCCAUUCCCAGACCUGAUCAUUCAUCGCACAGUUCUGCCAGACACACACCACAACGUGAUGUGGUUGAAACAUUUGAGGCCAGAGAGACACUGUUAGACUCAUCACCAGUCAGAUCAUUACACAGUUCCACCCGGACAACUCCACAGCCAGAAGUGGUAGAAGAUGUUCAUAAAUUUUCUUACCUUCAGACAUCAUCGAGGCCAGUCAGCGAGCAUUCUGGAAGUUUCCACGGCUCCAACCGAGUUUCUCCUUACAUAGAUACAACGAAAGAGUUUGAAAACCAAAGAUUUAUUGAAGGACAAGAUCAGAGAUCACUGGACAGUUUACAGAGACAGAGUCCAGCAGAUGAAAGAAGAUCUAUGUCUUCUCACAGCUCGGCUAGACAGACACCCGAAAGACAAAUUAAUGAUAUAGUCGGUAGAACAUCUCAAAUGUCGCGCCACACUCCAGAAGCUAUAGCUGAUGUUAUGGAGACUGAAAGAAACAUCAGUCCACACAGAUCACCACACAGUUCCUUAAGAACCACACCAAAGAAAGAGCUUUCGAGAGAGGAUCUCGUGUCCCCAGCUCAUUCUCAGAGGCAGAGUCCUGCAAGGGAGGUCAUUUCGGAUGUAUUGAGAAGUACUGGAAGUCAGGAGAGGUUGUACGAACCUCACGAUGGCUCCAGAACAGGAUCCAGACCCUCCAGUUCCAACAGCAGCAGACUCAGUGCUUCCAGUCACCAGCAGAGCAUGACCAGUGAGCAGGAGCUGUCGCAAUAUCUGGACGAGCCUGGUAAUCGUGGUGGAGAGAUGUCGCGAAGAGCGGCAUCAUUGACUGGCCUGAACAAGGUGGAGCCUCUUCUUCCUCCCCUAGGAUCACUAGGUACAAGCAGUGUGCCACCUCUGACUGGGAAGAGGAUCACGACUCCAGACAAUCAUAUCAGAGUACCUGCCAGCGGUUCCCCUGCCGUACGCAGUCCUCUUGUUACAGGCAGGGCAUCUACUUUGUCAAACGACUCUCGUGUGAGCAACAGGACGAUAACGCCAGUGACAGCAGAAAGUGGGACAAGGGAGGAAUCAAGGAGGCUGCAGGAUCUGGAAGACAGUAUAGUGACGCUGAGAAAACUCUUGAGCAGUCGGGAAGCUGAGGUGUUUCAACUGACUGACCAAAUGCGAGACUUGCGUGACAUCAAUCGGUCUCUCGGUCAGGAACUUGAGCACUCCAAGAAACUGGCUGGAUCAUUUGAUAACAGAGAGCUUGAGAAAGAAGUUGCUCAGCUUCAAACAGAAAAGGAGAUCCUUGCCAAGGAAGUUGUCAAACUACAGGAAAAACUGAAGCUGAAGACUGGUGAGACUGCUGGUCUGGACAACUACAGUCCACACAACCCAGUAGUCUUGCAGAGAAAGAUAGCUGAUCUGGAAGGACAUAUUCAAGAUAUGCAAGAGGUGAAUGAAACGGCCGUCGCAAAACUAACCAAGGCUGAAAGACAGGUGCGCGAACUGAUGGCAGAAAAUGAAAACUUGCGAAGCUCGCGGUCCCUAGCACUUCAGGAUUUGGAGGAUGACAAUAGAAGACUCAAAGUGAAGAUACAAGAGCUGAAGGGAGGAGAAGCAGAUUUCAGAUCCCAGAGUGAGAUACAGCAACUAAAAGACGAUUUUCAUUUAACCCGUGAUCGUAAUUAUGGCUUGAAUGAGGAAAACAGCCAUUGGAAACAAGAAGUAGGUGAUAUAAGACAUGGAUUGCAGAGCCUGGACAGACAGGUUCAUACAUCGUACCCUGCAAGAUCGAGUCUUGAGAGAGAUCGACAGUUGACUCACUCUGAGAUCAGACAGAGUACAGGUCGGGAGCUCGGACAUUCUUCCGAUAUCAGAAGCAGUGCUGUUAGAGACCGACAUCUAUUGCAAGACAGUGACAUAGGAUAUGGAAGGGAUGAAUUUUACCAGAAAAAUCCUCCAAUGAGACACACACCUGAGAGGUUUGCUCUUACCAAAGAGAACAUUUCCUCCUUGGAGCAGAGUUAUGGCUCAGAUCGAGGAAGAGACAAAAGCUACAGACAGGACGGGUCAUACUUGGACAAGUACAGAAUUCACGGGUCAAGUCAUGAACGAACAAAAUCAGAACAACCCAGUAGUGGGUAUCUGCAUUCAAGUCGUCCUUUACCGGAUGGUGAGGUGUCAGAGAAAAUAGUUCAGGAUGGACUAAAACCAAGCAGAAGACCAUAUGAAAGACUUGUUAAUGACCCUUCUGGUCAGCGAAAGGAGGACUUUUCACGGGGUAGUAAAAUUGAUCAAGAUAGGAGGGACUAUUCAGUGAGGCCAACUUUGAGAAGUGCACCUUUUAAUUCUAGAGAUAUCUACCGUUCUGUCCGAGAAAGAAGUCACAGUGAAAGUCAGAAUGAGACGAGGAGACUAAACACACCACAUGGAGAUGACAUUAUGUCGGCAGCCAUUGGUAGAGAAACUUAUCCAUAUCAAUCUUCAUAUUAUUACCGCUCAAAACAGGACGAUGAGCUCCAAAGACAUUACAGUGAGUCGUCGGGAUAUUUGGUUGAUGGCUAUGCUAGAAAGUGUGGUGAUGUGGGCAUCAGUAGCAGAAAUCUUCAAGAUACCAAUUUAGAAUAUGCACAAGCAGAUUUUGAUGCUCGGCGGAAGCCGUACCAAGACGACCCAGGAGAAAUCAGCGACACGGCUACUGACAUUCUGCUUCGUGGUGAAGUGGUCGACAAGAAGUUGUCCCGCUCGAAGAACUGGCGCCGACGUCGUUCGGUGGAUUCUGACUCCGUCUCGUCUCUUAGUGAUCCCAGUGAUGAGAUCACCUCGUCUCGCCAGAGGUCCAAGUCCGUCGAUGCUAGAGAAGGCUGGAGAAACAAGAGACAAUCGACAGAAAAUUCUGGCCUGUCUUUGCCAUCCACCCAGCAUCAACUGUCGGCCAGUACAGAGAGACUUGCUUCUACAAGUGGAUCACAUGGAAGUGCUGGCUUUAGAACUGUGACCGCCAACCAGCUGAUAACUCAGCACAACAAACACUCCCUGAGUAACACAUCUCUCAACAGUUCACUGACUUUCGGAUUGAAGCCGUUUGCUCCACGCACACCUGCUGACAUAAAGACUGGUGAUGUGGUCAAGUUUUCUAGACAGGGAGGCAAGCUGAGUCAGGGAACAGUGAAAUAUGUCGGUCAUCUGCCAGGGAGAAGUGAUGCUUACCUCGGGGUGGAGCUCCACAAAGAAGAAGGCAAGCAUGAUGGAAUGUUUGACGGGAUUCGUUACUUUAAAUGCAAACCAAACAAAGGCGUAUUUGUAGCCUUCAACAAAGUGGUGAUGGCGUGGGGACUUUGAUUGACGACUGGUGCAAGAAAAAAACAAGACGUUUUAAAUAUACUCUUCAAAAAAAGUAGGGGAACUCUAAUAAGAAUUUACAAUUGCCAAAAUUGUAAGGUAUAUUAGCUGUGGGGAAUGAUUAUAUGAUAAUAGUGAA